AUGUCUCACGGCAACUCCCACGAUACUCGCCAACGCCUGCAUGACGAGGUCUAUCAGGAGGAUUCGCCUUCGCGCCAGCCCGUUGAUCUCGAUAGCGACGAGGAAAUGCAAGCUCCCGGGAGGAAAGACACCAGGUUACCCGGUUUUGGUGCAAACCCCAUCAUAAAGACCAUGUACGAAGACAAAACUUCAGGCGGCGUCAAUCAAUGGACAGACGAGUCCCGGGGACAGAUCUCGAAAGAGGCUGCCGACGAUCAGGACAGUGCCGCCAUCAAGCUUUUCAGGAUCAAGGACCAUGGCAAGGUCGGGUUCAAUGGCGAUUAUCACUGGAGAAUCUGCCGUGUCGAUGUGCAAAAUCCUCUGCUGGUUUCUGCCCUCGCGCCCAUCCUCAAAGAGGAGAACGUACACCUUGACCCUCGAAGCGUUGCCACUUUCAGGGAGCCCUUUCGCCCCCUUUGGUUUCAACAGAGUAAAAUCGUGGAUCUCUUCUGCGAAAAGCACGAUGACCCGCUUGAGCCCUUCCUCAAGCUGUUUGUUGACAUACUUAACGAACUAUUCCGGGCCCUAAGUGCCAAGACGGCCAAGCUUCGCCAGAGUGAACUGACCGACUUUAGGACGGCCUGGACAUUGUUUCCUCGCGACUCCAGUGUCUACAGCUACUGCGUGGGCUCCCAUAUUCUCAGAAAAGUUGAUUCAAUCGAGUACGAGGGGAGCCGAGGUAACGGCCGGCUUGUCAUCACCUGCAAGGCCAUUUCAUUCUCCGGCGAGGGCUUCUACUGGAGCAAAGGGAAUCUGAUCAUCCCGGAAUUUGCUGGCAAUAAACCUAUUCGCGAACUCGGUUGCUAUCCCUUUAAGUUCCACAACGACAAAGACUCGAUCACGGAGCGUCUCACUGCGCGAGGCAGAAAGGUUCUUGACCUGCAGGGCGUCGCGUAUCGUACCUACAAUGGCAUCGCCAUAUAUGAGGCCGAUCGUGGCACGCUGAGGCAAAAUGUAAACGGCCGCAUCCUAAUCGACGCAUGGGGCUAUCACGAUGCCGAGGACCAAGUCAUCAACGAGAGUGAGAUGCUCCAGAAACCCGAUGAACUUGUCUUCAUGAACGAGAUAAUUAGUGGCUUUUCCCUGAAGAUCAAACUGUGGUGCCAGUUCUUUGUCGAAGACAUUCAGCCCAUGACUUGGAACUGCGAGGCUUACUCACAACUCGUGCUUGAUGAGGAGAAAAAAGACAUGGUUCUUUCCGUUGUUCGGAGUCACAACAUGACUAACGGCACUUCAACGGCCAUGGAAGAUGUCAUCGCUGACAAAGGACAAGGUCUUCUUGUUCUGCUCUCGGGCCCCCCUGGUACAGGCAAGACCCUGAUGGUCGAAGCCAUCGCAGAUCGUCUCCGUCGGCCGCUAUAUCACCUGCAAGCCGAUGACUUGGGCACCGAGGUCGCCUCCUUGGGUGCCAAAUUCCAGCGUGCCUCGAAAAUGGCAUCGGCGUGGAACGCGAUAAUCCUGCUAGACGAGGCAGAUAUCUUCAUUGCUCGGCGGGAGCCCCGCGAUGUUGAGCGCAACGGGCUGGUCUGCGCCCUUCUUCGCGAGCUCGAGUACUUUAGCGGCAUCAUCUUUUUCACAUCAAACUUGAUUCUUCGUAUCGAUAGUGCGUUCAACAGCAGGGUCAGCAUGCACCUCGUGUUCUCCCCUCUCGCGCGAGAGGCGCGGAAGAAAAUCUGGCACAUGUUUCUCGACCGUCUGUCGCAGCAGAGAGGACGUAUCUCGGAGGGAGGGGUGUCGGACGAAUCCUAUGACGAAUCCUACGCCAUGUCGCUGGAUGACAAGGACAUCGCCCAGCUAGCUUUAUGGGAGCUUGACGGCAGAGAGAUCAAGACAGCCAUCCAGAUAGUCCAUACCUGGUGCUGGAACAAUAACUAUGCCAUGACGCUGGCCCGGUUUGAGCAUGGAAUCCGAAUGGUGAAGCCAGGCGCCAGAAGGAGUGGAGAGGGGGGUCCGGCGUUGUACAGCGAUUAA